GAUGUCCCUAGGUGCAACCUUUGAAACAUAGUUGAGCACGCUAGGGAAAAGUCCUGGACAUCAGCGCCCGAAACACAGCUCUCACACCGUCAGCUUGCGCGCGUCGCAUCCAGCAACAGGGUUGCUUGGCUAACAAUAUGUUCUAAUGUGAUGGCAGAGAUGUAACGCGACGCCAGUGCCCGCUUAGCGAGACGGCUUAGCGAGACGGCGCCACCGGCGGAGGGUAGAGUGGAGGCCAGCCUUGGGUGGAUGGAGCGGUUCCGUGCCAGGCUCGCGGACCCCGCCGUCAACGCCAAGGCGUGGUACCUGUUAUCCUUCGCGGCGUCCGUGGCGGUGGGCCCCUUCCUGAAUCUGUACUUUCAACAACUGGGCCUCACGCAUUCGCAGGUGGGCGUCAUCGGCGCGCUGCGGCGCUGGGUGAGCGCGCCCUCCGCGUUCGCCUGGGCGGCUGUGGCGGACCGCCGCAAUGCGCACCAGGCCGUGCUGCUGGCCACCUUCGUGGGCUCCGUGGCCGCGCGGCUGCUCAUCCUGCUGCCGCGCAGCUACUGGGGGCUGCUGGCGGCGACGCUGCUGGCCGAGUGCCUGCGCGCGCCGGUGAACGUGCUGGCGGACGCGGCAGCCAUCCAGCUGUGCGCCAAGGAGUCUGACUACGGCAAGUUCCGGCUGUGGGGCGCGGUGGGCUGGGGCGCCUUCUCCACGCCCGCCGGCUGGAUCAUCACCCGCCUGGGCAUCCAGUGGGCCUUCUACACAAACACAAUUAUGUCACUGCCUUGCAUCUACUUCGGGGCGAAGCUGCACAGCAUGCGACCCGCAGCGGCGGCGGCGGGCAACCUGGCCCAUGAAGCUAAGAGCGGCGCCGCAGGAAAGCGUGGCGCGGCCACGAAAGGACGCGGUGUGGUGGCACUCGACGAGGAAGAGGUGAUAGGGGAGCAGGCGCCGCUGUUGCAAGCGGUACAGGAGGUGGCGGCAGAUGGUGCCAUAGGCCACGGCGGCAGCGGCGGCAAGCUAGAUCGCCAGCCGGAGGGGCUCGGGCGCGGCGGCAAGCACGGAGGACAGGCGCCGGCUACCGCAGCCGUGGCAGUGGCUGCGCCGGCGCCAGUGCUACCUGUGGGGUACUGGCGGCGGCUCUGGACCCUGGUCAAGCAGCCCGAGGUGGCGGUCUUCUUCAUGACGGCCGCGGCCAACGGCUACGGCUGGGGCACCAUUGACUGCUUCCUGUAUAUGUACCUGAAGCAGUUGGGCGCGUCGGAGGCACUGGUGGGCGUGGCCGUGACGAUCACGUGCGCCGCCGAGGUGCCCGCUUUCCAGCUGCAAGACCGGCUGCUGGACCGCUGGGGGGUCACGGCCGUGCUUGACAUGGUGCAGGCGGCUUACGUUUUGCGGCUGGCCCUGUACGCGCUGCUGCCGUACGCGGGCAGUGUGCUGUGGGUGCUGCCCGUGGAGGUGCUGCACGGCGUCACCUUCGCGUGCGGCUGGGGCGCGGGCACUGUCAACUGCAAGACGCUGGCGCCGCCGGGGCUGGCGGCAACCAUGCAGGGCACGUUCCAGAGCCUGACGUCUGCGGGCUUUGGGUUAGGCGCCCUCGUGGGUGGCUGGGUGGGCGCACACGCUGGAUGGCAGGGCAUGUUUGCGGUGGCGUCGGUCACGGUGCUGGGGAUGUGGCUGAGCAUCCUGACGGCACGGGGGCUCAUCAGUCUGCUAAAGCACACGACACCGCCACUGGCACCGCACGGCAGUAGCAAGGUUUUGCAGUGAUGGCGCCCGGACGUGGAGUAGGGUGUGACGGUGGAAGCCGGAGUUCGGCGAAUUGUAAAUGUUGGGAACGGCGGGACGGCAAGCGCUCACUUCUCUGCUAGGCAUGUUCGCACAGGGACACCUGCGGGCUGCAAAGCUGAGGCUCAGCUUCUACAUAGGUGCCAAUCUAUCCGGAACACAAACUGGAGGCGCCGAUGUAAUGGACGCCGCGA